AUGCGGGCCGGUUCCCUGAGGGACACGGGGCUGCCCGGGCCCCGACAGCAGGCUGAGGCGCCUGCGAGGUCGGAGCGCUGCUCUGAGGACCCCAGAACCACAGCCCAGUUUGUCCAUAACCUCGCGGAGAAGGCCCCAGCGCUGGUCGACACUGCUAUGACUUACUUGAAGCCUCGACUGGCCAUACUUUGGCACUAUGCCAAGGUUGAGCUGGUCCCUCCAACCCCUGCUGAGAUCCCUACAGCUAUUCAGAGCUUGAAAAAAAUUGUCAGUGGUGCUCAAACCAGUAGCUUCAAACAGCUCACAGUUAAGGAAGCUCUGCUGAAUGGUUUGGUGGCCACUGAGGUGUGGACGUGGUUUCAUGCCGGCGAGAUCACAGGCAAGCAUGGCAUCAUUGGCUAUGAUGUUUGA